AACUCAAAUCCAAAUAGGAUACUGCAAAUUGAAGCUCAUCUACAGUAUCUACACCACCACUUGCUGAAAUCCUUUGUUUUCUUGGAUAGUCCCAACAAAGAAUUGGACACUAAUCUCAUAAAAGACUCGAUCUUUCAUGGCGCCCAACAUCUAAGAUCUAUCCUUCAAUUCUGGGUCUUCUGAAUUGAAUCCAGAAGAUUUUCCAAAGAGCUCGAUUGAAGGGAAUAACACCAUAGCCCAUAAGUGUUCUCCGGAUCUUUACACAGAAGAGUGGAGAGAAAUGUUGCAUACAGAAGCGUCAUUUGCGAUUUACAAUUCGGACGAGGGGCUCCCGGGAGAGAUCAGGAAUGGAGAUUCGAUUGCAGAAGCCAUGGAUAGCGGCGGAGAAUUCAGCUUUGGCAAGGGAAUGGGUUUGAUUGAUGAAAAGGAUGGUGAAGGGGAGAAUGAGGAGAAAGAUGAAGGCUUGAAUGGGUUUAAGGAUUUGGGUUUGGGAAUUGAUGGAGAUGAGAAUUACUGUAAGAUGAUGGUGGAAGAGAACCCUUCCAACCCUUUGUUUCUGAGGAAAUAUGCUCAGCUUUUGCAGGCAAAGGGCGAUCUAUCAGGAGCUGAGGAACACUACUUUCUUGCCACCCUAGCUGAUCCCAAAGACGGUGAUAUAUUAAUGCAAUAUGCUAAAUUGGUAUGGGAGCUCUAUCAUGAUAAAGAUCGAGCCUAUAGUUACUUUAAGCGUGCAGCUCUUGCUGCUCCUCAAGAUAGCCAUGUUCUUGGAGCAUAUGCUAGUUUUCUAUGGGAGAUUGAUGAUGGUGAUGAUCAGUCCAACGAAGAGCUACAGGGAGAUGAACAUUAUUCGAGCACAAUUCUAGCUGACCACCAUAGUGAUGGAGAAAUCAUUUCGGAAUACGCAAAUUUCAUCUGGCAACUCCGUCACGACAAAGAUAAAGCAUCAUCCUACUUCAAGAGAGCACUUCAAGCUUCUCCAGAAGAUAGCAAUGUGCUUGCAGCAUAUGCUCGUUUUCUAUGGCAAACAGAGGAAGACGACGAAGAUGCUGCAUCAGAAUGACAAUGGAAUGCCACUGAUCUAAGGCGACGUAGCGAAUUAAAAUGUUUUUCACAAUCCAGAUACAAUGUUGAAAAUGUAUGUUGUGUUGUAUAGCAGGUAAAGCUGCAAUCAAUAAUCUGAAUGUAUUGCCUUCUUGUGAAACAUGAAUUUGGCAGUAGAUGUAUGCAGUACCCUCUUUUUACCAUAAAGUUUCAGAAAUUAAUGAUAUAUUAUCUAUU